CGAAUUGGAACACCAACCUUUGAAACCGCCGUACUGAAAUUUGCGCCUGCUACGACACAACACAUCACAUUCAAACCUCGGGACGGUGGUAGAAAUGGAGGCACAGCUCGAAAAUGCCAUCCAGAUUGCCUCCGAUCCAACCUCGAACCAGCAACUGCGCGGGCAGGCUAUUGAGUACCUCAAUCAACUUCGUACAGAAGGCUCUGCAUGGCAAGCUGCUCUAGCGCUAUUCAUUCGGGACCCUCCGCAGUCUGAAAUUAUUCGCCAUACCUCUCUCGACUUCGUGAACAAUGCCGUUCAAGAGCACCGGCUGGAUGGCCAAAGUCAGGCGUAUAUCAAGGACACCUUGAUGGGGUACGUCCGUCAGAAAUACAGCCCAGGCAACACAUCCACAGAUACAAACCCCAUCCAAAAUAAGCUCAUGCAGACCAUGACAUAUCUCUUCGUGGCAUUAUAUCCGUCUUCCUGGCAGUCUUUCUUCGACGACUUCCGUGAGCUGGCCGGUGACCAGGCAACCAUCGGCAGUGUCAACUAUACUACCACACUCCUCUAUAUCCGUGUGCUGAGCCAGGUUCACGAUGAGAUUGCUGAUGUCUUAGUAGCUCGACAGGAUGAUGAAAUGAAGCGCAACACCGAAUUGAAGGACCUGAUACGCCAGCGAGAUAUUCAGAAAAUAUCAUUAUCGUGGCAGGAAGUCCUCGCUAAAUGGAGGGACACUGACUUUGGUCUAGUAGAGAUGUGUUUGAGGACCAUUGGCCGCUAUGUCAGCUGGAUCGACAUUUCGUUGGUGGUCAACCAGGCCAUGAUCACCACAUUCCUGGAGAUGGCUGGUCAACAAGGAAUCUCGGAUCCAGAAAGCCCAGCCGGCAGGGUUCGAGACGCAGCUAUUGAUACAUUUUCGGAGAUAGUGAGCAAGAAAAUGAACCCAGCGGAGAAGAUUGGGUUGAUCCUGUUCCUUAACCUCGCAGACGUUGUUGGGCAACUCAUCAACAGUCCUGCUCUUUCCGACCAAAAAUCGUCAAGCUACGACAAUGACCUCGCUGAGACAGUGGCAAAACUUGUCAACACUAUCCUCUUCGAUAUCGUGAAAAUCUUGGACUCGGAAGCUGUGGAUGACCAGACCAGACAGCGGGCGGAUGAGCUUCUCCAAACCUUCACACCUUAUCUUCUUAGAUUUUUCGCAGAUCAGUACGACGAAGUCUGUUCGACCGUGAUUCCCUCCAUCACCGACCUUCUCACGUACUUCCGCAAGCUCCAAAAACGAACUGGCGCAUUACCACCGCAAUAUGCCACCAUGCUGCCUCCAAUCCUGGAAGCUAUCAUCGCAAAAAUGAAAUACGACGAAGCGGUUUCAUGGGGCGAAGAAGAUGAUGCAUCGGAGGAAGCGGAAUUCCAAGAUCUCCGCAAGCGUCUGCACAUCUUACAACAGGCUGUAGCUGCCGUAGAUGAGUCAUUCUAUAUUGAGACUCUCAGCCGUGUCGUAAAUGCCACAUUCAACCGCUUUUCUUCGGGUGAUCAGUCCUUGGACUGGCGUGAUCUUGAUUUGGCGCUGCAUGAGAUGUACUUGUUUGGUGAACUCGCAGUUCGGAAUCAAGGACUGUAUGCAAAACGCGAUCCGUCUUCUGCUGCCAGUGAGCGGCUUGUGGGUAUGAUAUCGAACAUGGUCGAGUCUGACCUGGCGAACUACCCUCACCCAGCCAUUCAACUCAACUACAUGGAGAUUUGUGUACGGCACCACCAGUUCUUCGAACAAAACCCCCACUUGAUCCAGAAAGUCUUGCAAAACUUUGUAAGCCUUACUCAUCACACUCAUAUCAAACUUCGCUCGCGAUCGUGGUAUCUAUUCCAACGCUUGGUCAAACAUCUUCGUUCUCAGCUCGGCAAUAUAUCUUACGAGGUCAUACAAGCAAUCGGCGACUUGCUUACGAUCAAGGCCGAACUUCCAGAGGACUCCACGGAUGACAUGUCGUCUGAUGAUGAAGAUCAAGCCGAGGAUGCACUUUUCAACUCCCAACUGUACCUCUUUGAGGCCGUUGGGUGCAUUGCCUCUUCCAACACCGUUUCCACCGAGAACCAGAAAUUAUAUGCACAGACCAUUAUGACUCCAUUGUUCAACGAUCUGGAGCAGACCUUGCCGCAGGCCAGGAAUGGUGAUGAACGCUCCAUUGCCCAAAUUCAUCACAUCAUCAUGGCAAUUGGAACACUGGCUCGCGGCUAUUCGGACUGGAACCUGUCGAGCAACAGCGAGCUUCCGCAAAGCGUGGUGUCAGAAGAAUUUGGCAAAGCGUCUGAAGCCAUUCUUGUAGCACUCAAAUCAAUGAACACUUCCGCCAAGAUACGCAACGCAGCACGAUUUGCGUUUUCUCGCAUGAUAGCGGUUUUGGGCGCGCGUCUGCUCCAGGACCUACCUUCGUGGAUAGAGGGCCUCCUCACACUGACCUCGUCCAUGAAUGAGAUCAGCACAUUCUUGAAGGUUCUCAACCAAGUCGUUUAUACUUUCAAGGCAGAAAUCUCCGGGAUUCUCGAUACUGUUCUGACUCCCCUACUCCAACGGAUCUUCACCGCAUUGGCUUUGACUCCGUCUGGAACAGACGACCUCAACCAGCUGAGGGAUCUUAGGAGAGAGUAUCUCAACUUCAUUAAUGUCGUUCUCAACAAUGGCCUCGGCGCAGUUUUUGUCAGCGAGGCAAAUCAAUCGACAUUCGAAACCAUCAUCACCUCCAUCGACACCUUCGCUCGGGAUACAUCGGAUUACACAACCGCACGCCUUUCUUUAGGUGUCUUGAUCCAUAUGACGUCUGUCUGGAGCGGCCCUGAUAAAAUCGGCCCUAAUGCCAAUAACAACACACCUACAUCACCCGUCACCACCCAGCAGGUUCAAAUCCCAGGCUUCGAAAACUAUGUCGUGGAACGCUUUUCUCCGCUUGUCUGGGCGAUUCCGUCCUCUCCAGGUUUCAACUCGAAAGACGCACAGGCCAAGCAAGUUCUGUACGAAGCGGCUAAUCUGCAGGCUGAGAUUGUCAAGAAGGUUGGCGAGCCUUUCGUCGAGCGCGUCAAGUCCGAUUUGGGUGGCAUGGGUGUCGGCGAAGAUAUCGUGAAUCAAUAUCUCCAAACUCUUGCCGGUGCUUUCGAAGGGCACAAGAAGGAGAAAGAGUGGCGCAUGUUCUUCGCCCGCUUCAUUGACUCAGCGCGAGGCUGA